AGGUUUUAUUGUUAAGAAGACGAAGUUCCAUUUUCAUUGCACCCUAACGUCGAACACCUUAUCUUCAUAUAUAUCAUUACGAUGGCAUCGACGGUGCAUCACGUCUUCUGCAAUCUUACUCCCUUAAAAUCUUCAACUAAAACGGCUGGAGCGAGGAGCCGACUCGGCGUGAACUCGGUCAGGUGCUGCCAGGCAACCGCAACUACGACCGAAAGCCCUCGAGUCACAGUGGUGAAGAACGGGAACGACUCGCUCGAGAUAUGCAGGGUACUCAACGGCAUGUGGCAGACCAGCGGUGGAUGGGGAAGAAUCGACCGGGACGGCGCCGUCGAGGCCAUGAUUCGAUAUGCCGAUGCCGGCCUCUCCACCUUCGACAUGGCAGAUCACUACGGGCCUGCUGAAGAUCUUUAUGGUAUAUUCAUCAAUCGAGUUCGACGAGAACGCCCUCCAGAGUACUUGGAGAAGGUCAGAGGUCUUACAAAGUGGGUGCCACCCCCAGUUAAGAUGACAAGUAGCUAUGUUAAGGAGAAUAUCAAUACCUCACGGAGAAGAAUGGACGUGGCUUCCUUGGACAUGCUUCAAUUUCAUUGGUGGGACUAUUCCAAUCCUGGUUACAUUGAUGCCCUCAAACACUUGACAGAUUUGAAAGAGGAAGGAAAAAUUAAGACUGUUGCUUUGACAAAUUUUGACACGGAGAGAUUACAUAUUAUUCUGGAAAAUGGAGUCCCUGUUGUGAGCAAUCAGGUGCAACAUUCAAUUGUGGACAUGCGACCUCAACGGAAAAUGGCGGAGCUGUGUAAUCUAACAGGAGUCAAACUUAUAACGUACGGAACAGUAAUGGGUGGGCUGUUAUCUGAGAAGUUCCUUGACACCAACUUGGCGAUUCCUUUUGCUGGUCCCCCAUUAAACACUCCCUCUCUCCAGAAGUACAAGAGAAUGAUUGAUGCCUGGGGAGGAUGGAGUCUAUUCCAAGUUUUGCUGCAGACGCUAAAGCAGAUAGCUUCUAAACAUGGUGUUUCAAUUCCUACAGUUGCAGUGAAAUACGUACUGGAUCAGCCAGCAGUGGCAGGAUCAAUGGUUGGGGUUAGACUUGGUUUGGCAGAACAUGUCAAGGACACCAACGCUGUGUUUUCACUAGUUCUUGAUAAGGAGGAUACAAACAGCAUAGAAGAAGUCUCCAAGAAAGGGAAAGAUCUGUUGAAAGUGAUCGGUGACUGUGGAGAUGAAUACAGGCGUGCAUAAAUUAUGUGUUUUGAAAUUGAUUGGUAAAUUGACAUUCUUGGCAGCUAGGUAUCAAUGAGCAACGUUUGAAUCGACCAGAAACUUGUGCAAACUGAUAGACCAUGUCCAGGAAUUAUGAUAAUUUGAUGGUUGUAGUCACUGGCUCCCAGUAUCUUGUCACUUGAGUUUUAUACAGUGAACGAUCCUUUGGCUUUUAUGACCAUACUAUUAUGGGUGCUUAAAA